AACAGCACGCGAAGUUCAAGUGUCCGCAGGAGAGGGAGGUGGGGAUACCAAAGUGCUCACUUUCAGAGACAAUCUAAUUCCUUCUGCGCAAUUUAACCCCAGGAAAGCAGCCUCCCCUUAAGGGCCACGGAGUCCCGGCACUUGAAAGUGCCCUCCCUGCCCUGACUGAGGGAGAGGGAAGGGGUGUGAAGGCGGGGCCACCGGACGGGCGACACCCUCCCGAAGGUCCAGCCGUCGUGGGCCUUCCUGCCACCUUAGGGAGCGCGAUCGCCCUCUCAAUGGAAGGCAGAUGUCCCUUUAAGGUUUGAUUUGCAGCCCGUGGACUUUAGCCUAAACACGAGCCCGCGAAGCUGGCUUUAUUUGUCCAUGUCUCGGACACAGCCUGGGAGGCUGCCAGGAGGAUUUCAGAGAACGAGCGCGCGAAGGGGCGGGAGAUGGGGCAGUAAGUCUGGGAUAUGAAAAGCGUGGAGAGGACCUAGAGGCAGUCGUCGAAAACACAGGAAAUUCACUCUUCGGCUUCUGGGCGCCGCGACUGACCGGGGCCGGAGACGGAGACCUAAGGCGGCAGAGUAGCCCAGAACGCGCGGCUCUGUGCUGCGUCCUGCCCCGUGCUGCCCUCCGAUCCAGCGCGUCCUCCGGGCUCUGCGGGCUCCCGGGUCAUGGCCCCCCGACGCCAAGCCAGCCCAGGGGUCGCUGUCGCCUGCUGCUGGCUCCUCACUGCUCCUCUGAAGUCUCCAGGCCUUUGCAUAAGCAAUUGCUCUCACUGCUUGCUUACCCUCAAGUCCCCACAUGAACAUUAGCUCCAAGAAAGUCACUAGGAUAAAUUGGUCCUCCUGCCCCAGAAACAUGUAAGCCCCUAGUGUCUUUGCUUCUAUACCACAGCACAUGAUAUGGUUAAUUAAAUAUCUAACUGUCUUCCCAGCUUGCUAUAUGCUCUGUGAGGGUAGAGUUUAUUAUCCUUAGCGUUUAAGAGUAACAGUCACUUGAAAAGUUGUUACUGAAUGAAUCUCAAAAGAUAAAGACAAACUCAUAAAUACUUAAGAGAUUGGACUGUCUCUUCUAACAGUAUCCUUACCUAGAUUGUGUGUGUGUGUGUGUGUAUGUGUGUGUGUGUGAUGACCCCAGUUAAGUUAUAUGUCUCUCCUUGCUAACAAUUUAGUAAGCCUAAAAGCAAGGUGUCUUCCUUUGUAAAUUUUUUCAGUUAAGAUUUUUUAUUCAAAAUGAAGUAUGUAUAUACAUGUAUAUAUGUGUGUAUAUACAUGUAUAUAUAUAUCUAUACACACACACACACACACACACACACAUAUAUAUAUAUAUAUCCUCAUAUUUAUAUCUAAUUGAAUGAAAGACACGAUCAAGGGGUGCCUGGGUGGCUCAGUGGAUUAAGCCUCCGCCUUUGGCUCAGGUCAUGAUCUCAGGGUCCUGGGAUGGAGCCCCGCAUCUGGCUCUCUGCUCAGCGAGGAGUCUCCUUCCCCCUCUCUCUCUGCCUGCCUCUCUCUGUGUGUCAAAUAAAUAAAUAAAAUCUUUAAAAAAAAAGACACCAUCAAUUGAAAAAAUGCAUCAUUAUUUUAUUCACUACUAAGGAAAAAGAGUGCUGCCAAUCCAAUUAUAAUUAUUAGACUGUUAAAUAACUCCCAGUCUCAGAGAUGUUGAAACGUGGGAAAAUAUGCAUCUGAAAAUUACAGAUAUAACAUACAGUAAAUCUACAUAGUAAUUUUCUAUUAAAUUUCUUUGUAUUUUUAAAAACUGCAUCAUAUAAUUUCAAACACUCCUGGAUACAAAUGACACUGUUCCUGGAAACAAUGACAUGAACCUUGUCCCUCUUCUUAGUUUUUUUUCUAUCUGCUACAGGGGAUAAUUGCUCCUCUAUCAUCAGCAGCCUGACCAAAUCCCAGAAAUGAGCUUCAUCUGAACACUCUGCCUCAGCAGAAAUGUGGCAAUAAAGUCAUUAAAAGUGUUCUAGUUGCACAGGAUCAAUGACUGGUUUUGGCAAAUGCUAAAUUUCUGUCAAAUGGUGAUUAGUGCUAGAGCUAUACACAUAUGAAGGUACCUAAUUUUUAUCUAAAGUCUUCUAUAAUUUAAAAGGAAGUUUAAAAAAUCAACUAAGUCUUAAAGGAGAUUAAAAUAUAUGCACUGGUUGGUAUUAAGAAUUCACUUUAUGUGCAAAAACAUUAAUAUUUUUUUAUCCAAAUAGUAGAUCUCUUUAAGAAACAAAAACCAAAAAUUGUCCCUUUCCCCCUUUUGCCUGAAUUAGCUGAAUAUUUCUCCCAACUGUACACUUAGCUUUGCUUGUGGUGGUCACAUGGGCAUCUUUGAACAACCUGAGGUUAGCACAUUCCCUUUUCAUAAAUGAUUGCAUUUAUUAUUAGAUAUUCAUAAUCAGAGCUCUGACUUAUUCUGCAAAGAUCAUUUCCUAAACAGGCAUAAUAAAACUGUCAUUAUACAUUAUUUACAACAUUUUCAGCUCUUUUCCUCAGUAAGAUGUGUUUGAAAUAAUCAUUUUCUUACCCAAGCAUGGGUAUCUCAAAAAUUGAAACAGGUUUUUAGAAACUAACCUUAAGAGUAAUCUUCUCUUUAAAAUUCUAGUAACAUUAUAAAACAAAAUGUUUUCUUAAUUUUAAGAUACCAGUGAUAGAUAAGUUAAAAGUUCUGCAUUAAAGGAGAACUAAAAAAUAUGCAUUCUUUCAUAUGAUGACUGUUUAUAUAACAAUUGCUGUGCUGGGUUUCAGGAACAUAGACAAAUAAAAGUAGGCUCACAGUCUGAAAACGGGAUAGACAAGCAAAGAAGCAAUGAUGGGAGGAGCCUCCAAGGUGCUCUAAGCAGAAGAAGGAAAAGAUUAGUAAGUGUUGCAGGAAAGUUAAGUCUUGAAAAAAAAAAAUACUAGGAACAAGAACAUUUAUACAGCCCUUACUGCACUAAGCCUAGGGUAUUCAAACAAGAUUUCCAUUGUUCAGGAGCUCAUAAUUCCUGCUGCUGUGAUACAAACCAUUUCUAACAUACCACUAUAAUAGCAACAAGAACUGUAAUCUAAUUCACCAACAAGAUACAUGGAUUCAUGUACUAGGGCUCACCUAAGUUUUCCCUGGAGAAGAGAUACUAGUAUAAAUUAAUGAUACCCACAGAUUAUCCAUCAGUCAACCUUACCGAACCAGUUAUUUUUCUAAGACCGAAUAAUUAUGAUCAUGUCAGUGUGAGCCCUUGCCCCCUGCUAUGUCUGAUUCAGAUUUCUAGCUUCAGGUCAGGCAUUCUUAGAGAUAUACCACGUGUUUGUAGAACUCUACAGUUUACAAAGUAUCGUAAUCUCAUUAGAACCUUAUAAGGGUUAUCAAAUGAGAGAGGCAGCACCAAAAACCUGACUUACAAUUUAGAAUGAAGGCUUCAGGUUUGUAGCUGUUAGGGGACCUAACUAAAGAUGCUAUAAUCUGCUGGAAAGAUCAUGACUCAUGUCUGCUGACUAUUGCUGUGCAAGUAUUAAACUUCGUAUUGAUCUUUUACCACUGUAAUGGACCUUAGGAAGAAUUAAACUCUUGAAUACAUUUAUUUUUCUGUAAUUCAUUUUCUUACUACAAAAUGAGGAUAACAAAUAUUUAGAGAAGAGGAUUAGAAGAGUAUAGGAAAGGACCUGGUGAAUAUUCCAUAAAUGAUAGCUCUUCAAGAAAAACUUAACACUUACUAAGAUCCUACUGUAUGCCUGCCACUGUGAUUAUGUGGUUUUUAAUCUUUAUCAGACUUUGAAGAGAAUUCUACUUAGGUGAUCAAGGAGCAACUCAAAGUAUUUCUCUCUCCUGGUUAGGGAAUGUCCUUUGGAGAGACAAACCAUCUUCACAUCUUAGGGCAUUCGGUUCCUUACUCAAAGUUGCUGGGUCUUCUGGGAAGUGGAAGAAAGCCGUCAGAGUUAGAAACUUUAGGAAGGCAUUCAGUAUGACAGGAAGGUGUGGAAGGAAUAGGAAAAGGAGGUAGAGAGAGGGAGGGAGAGAAGUCACAAAACAAACAAUGGCUCUAAUUUGUAUUAGCACUUGAAAAGGGAUUUUUGUGUCUCCUUGGAAUCUCUGAGGAAGAUAAUUGAGGCAUCAGAGUUAAGACUGUCAAGACUUGUGGCAAAGUCAGAUUCCUUCCUUUCACCCUGGUCUCACCAGUUCUGGGUGGUUAAGAUUCCCUUUCAGUGCCAUAUGCAAGUAAGAAAGAGAAUGAGAAGAUAUGUGGGUAGGACUACUCUGUUCACCUCCUCUGGUUUUUGUUGUUGUUUUGUUUGUUUUAAGAUUUUAUUUAUUUGAGAGAAAGCAAGAGAUCCAGCUCAGGAGCAGGAGCGGAGGGAGAGGGGCAGAGGAAGAGGUAGAAGCAGACUCCCCACUGAGCACGUGGAACCUGCUGGGGCUCAAUCCCAGGACGCUAGAGAUUGUGACCUGAGCUUAACCCACUGAGAUACCCAUGCGCCCCUCCCCAUCUCAUUUUAACUCUGGGGGAAAUUCUGGUGGGCUUUUUCUAUUUCUACUCACUGAUCUUGUUAUCACCAUAAAAAUGCUAAGUGAUUUAAGGAUUUUCUUUAAAAUCAACUUUGUAGCCAUUCAGUCGGGUUGGUCCAAGUACAUCAGACUUUUUCCACUUCCCAUAUCUUCAACUCAAUUUAGGCAGUGAAGUUCGGGCUCUAAAUUUUUGCGACCCAACCCCCAACCUAAACAUUUCACAGGCUACUGAGCUGCAUAAAGUAGAGACUGCCAAUUUUGGAUUCUGGGAUUCCCAGGACAUCAGGCCAAGCAACUGAGCUGUCCACCCAGGGGUGAAUUCCACAGAUGGUUUCUUUUCUCUCUGGGGUCAGUGCUUUAACAUCUGGGUAGUCAGAUUGUGCAGACAGGGUAACAAGCACAGAAAACGGCUGGGCACGUUGCUCUGAGCCCAGACCCACCGUGACCAGUGGUUCUUAGAAACCGUUUCUGGAAAUGCCAACUCCAACAGGAGUGUAGCAUCUGAGUGCUGAUAAGGCAAGCCCAGUUUAGAACUUUGGGGCCAAGCCUGAGAUUUUGAGAAAUCCUUUUAGUUAAGUUUUGGAUUUAUCCGGGGCAGAGAGGGUGUACAGUAGUAACUUCAUGCAGCUGGGCGGGUGGGGGGGGGGGGAGUUGCACUCACAUACUUCCCAGAUUCUGCACAAACAGGUUUGGAAGAGAAAACUUAGGAAGUCCAAGUUCAGCAUUAAAAUAAGUAACUCGCCACCAAAGAUUCUAAGCCCUUUGCUCUCAGUUCAGUCUUCGGACGCACUUCGCCCUUAGUGCGCCUGCGCCCCCCGCAAACUGCAACCCCGCCUCCUCGUUGGGGACGUAAAACGUGCGCCGAGAGGUGGAACGCGGGCUGAGCAUGCGCCGUCAUUGCAUCAGCCGCCGGGUCCGUGCUGGGUGCUGGAACGCCGGGGAAGGCUGUGUUUUGCUGCUGUGUCUCUUGCUCGCGUCUGGCGCUCUGUCGGAAGACUAGGAAAAGAAGGGCUAGAUGGUUCUAGGCUUCUGCGUAUCAUUCAAUGUGGAUGUGAAAAAUUCAAUGACUUUCAGCGGCCCGGUGGAGGACAUGUUUGGAUAUACUGUUCAACAGUAUGAAAAUGAAGAAGGAAAAUGGGUGCUUAUUGGUUCUCCUUUAGUUGGUCAACCCAAGAACAGAACUGGUGAUGUCUACAAGUGUCCAGUUGGGAGAGGCAAACCCUUACCUUGCAUAAAGUUGGAUCUACCAGUUAAUACAUCAAUUCCCAAUGUCACGGAAGUCAAGGAGAACAUGACAUUUGGAUCAACUUUAGUCACCAACCCAAACGGAGGGUUUCUGGCAUGUGGCCCUUUAUAUGCCUAUAGAUGUGGACAUUUGCAUUACACAACUGGAAUCUGUUCCGACGUCAGCCCCACAUUUCAAGUCAUGAACUCCAUUGCUCCCGUACGAGAAUGCAGCACCCAACUAGACAUAGUCAUAGUCCUGGAUGGCUCCAACAGUAUUUACCCCUGGGAGAGUGUUACAGCUUUUUUAAAUGACCUUCUUGAAAGAAUGGAUAUUGGUCCUAAACAGACACAGGUUGGAAUUGUACAGUAUGGAGAAAAUGUAACCCAUGAGUUCAACCUCAAUAAGUACUCCUCAACGGAAGAGGUACUUGUUGCAGCAAAUAAAAUAAUCCAGAGAGGUGGCCGCCAGACUAUGACAGCCCUUGGAAUAGACACAGCCAGGAAGGAGGCUUUCACUGAAGCUCGGGGUGCCAGAAGGGGAGUUAAAAAAGUCAUGGUAAUUGUGACCGAUGGGGAGUCCCAUGACAACCAUCAACUAAAUAAGGUCAUCCAAGACUGUGAGGAUGAAAACAUUCAGCGGUUUUCCAUAGCUAUUCUUGGGAGCUAUAACAGAGGAAAUUUAAGCACUGAAAAAUUUGUGGAAGAAAUCAAAUCAAUUGCAAGUGAACCCACCGAGAAGCAUUUCUUCAACGUCUCUGAUGAACUGGCUCUAGUUACCAUUGUGGAAGCUCUGGGAGAAAGAAUAUUUGCCUUGGAAGCUACAGCUGACCAGUCAGCAGCUUCAUUUGAAAUGGAAAUGUCUCAGACUGGCUUCAGUGCUCAUUAUUCACAGGACUGGGUCAUGCUUGGAGCAGUAGGAGCCUAUGACUGGAAUGGAACAGUCGUCAUGCAGAAAGCUAAUCAAAUCAUAAUCCCUCAAAAUACGACCUUUAACGUUGAGUCUACCAAAAAGAAUGAGCCUCUUGCUUCUUAUUUAGGUUACACAGUGAACUCCGCAACUAUUUCUGGAGAUGUGCUGUACAUUGCUGGACAGCCAAGGUAUAAUCAUACGGGCCAGGUUGUCAUCUACAGGAUGGAAAAUGGAGACAUCAAGAUUCUCCAGACACUCAGUGGAGAACAGAUUGGUUCCUACUUCGGCAGUGUGUUAACGACGGUUGACAUUGAUAAAGAUUCUAAUACGGACAUUCUUCUGGUUGGAGCUCCCAUGUACAUGGGAACAGAGAAAGAGGAACAAGGGAAAGUGUACGUGUACGCUUUGAAUCAGACAAGGUUUGAAUAUCAAAUGAGCCUGGAGCCCAUUAAGCAGACUUGCUGCUCAUCUCUGAAGCACAAUUCAUGCACAAAAGAAAACAAAAAUGAGCCAUGCGGGGCUCGUUUCGGAACAGCGAUCGUUGCAGUGAGAGACCUCAAUCUUGAUGGGUUUGAUGACAUUGUGAUAGGAGCACCCCUGGAAGAUGAUCAUGGAGGAGCUGUGUACAUUUAUCAUGGGAGUGGCAAAACUAUCAGGAAGGAGUACGCACAACGUAUUCCAUCAGGUGGAGACGGCAAGACACUAAAAUUUUUUGGCCAGUCUAUCCAUGGAGAAAUGGAUUUAAAUGGAGAUGGUCUGACUGAUGUGACUAUUGGAGGCCUUGGUGGUGCUGCCCUCUUCUGGUCCCGAGAUGUGGCUGUAGUUAAAGUGACCAUGAAUUUUGAACCCAAUAAAGUGAAUAUCCAAAAGAAAAACUGCCGUGUGGAAGGAAAGGAAACAGUAUGCAUAAAUGCUACUGUGUGUUUCGAUGUGAAAUUAAAGUCCAAAGAAGACACAAUUUUUGUAGCUGAUAUGCAGUACCGCGUCACACUAGAUUCACUAAGACAAAUAUCACGAAGUUUUUUCUCUGGAACUCAAGAAAGAAAGAUUCAAAGAAACAUCACAGUUGAAGAAACAGAAUGCACUAAGCUCUCCUUCUACAUGUUGGACAAGCAUGACUUUCGGGACUCUGUAAGGAUAACUUUGGAUUUUAAUCUCACUGAUCCAGAAAAUGGGCCUGUUCUUGAUGAUUCCCUACCAAAUUCAGUACAUGAAUAUAUUCCUUUCGCCAAAGACUGUGGAAACAAGGAUAAAUGUAUCUCCGACCUCGCCCUGAAAGUAUCCACUGCAGAAAAGGACCUGCUUAUUGUCAGGUCUCAUAAUGAUAAGUUCAAUGUUAGUCUCACAGUCAAAAAUAAAAAGGACAGUGCCUAUAACACCAGAACCAUAAUGCACUAUUCUCCAAAUCUAAUUUUUUCAGGAAUUGAGGCUAUCCAAAAAGACAGUUGUGAAUCCAAUCAUAAUCUCACAUGUAAGGUUGGCUAUCCUUUCCUGAGAAGAGGAGAAGAGGUUACUUUUAAAGUAUUAUUUCAGUUUAACACAUCUUAUCUCAUGGAAAAUGUGAUCAUUCACUUAAGUGCAACAAGUGACAGCGAAGAACCUCCUGAAGCCCUUUCUGAUAAUGAAGUAAACAUUUCUAUCCCGGUAAAAUAUGAAGUUGGACUUCAGUUUUACAGCUCUGCAAGUGAAUACCAUAUUUCAAUUGCGGCCAAUGAGACUGUUCCUGAAGUUAUUAAUUCUACUGAGGACAUUGGAGAUGAAAUUAAUAUCUUCUACUUGAUUAGAAAGAGUGGACAUUUUCCAAUGCCAGAACUUAAGCUGUCGAUUUCAUUUCCCAACUUGACAUCAGAUGGUUAUCCUAUGCUAUACCCAAGUGGAUGGUCGUCUUCUAAUAAUGCGAACUGCAGACCCAGUAGCCUUCAGGACCCUCUUGGCGUCAACUCUGGGAAGAAAACAAUUAUAUCCAAACCUGAAGUUCUCAAAAGAGGCACAAUUCCGGACUGCAGUACGUGUAAAUUUGCUACCAUUACAUGUAAUUUGAUUCCUUCUGACAUGACCCAAGUGAAUGUUUCACUUAUCGUAUGGAAACCAACUUUUAUAAAAACACGUUUUUCUAGCUUAAAUCUUACUGUAAGGGCGGACCUUCAGAGUGAAAAUACAUCACUGAUUUUAAGUACUGGGAAUCAAAAAAGAGAGUUCGGUAUUCAAAUAUCCAAAGAUGGACUGCCGGGCAGAGUGCCGUUAUGGGUCAUCCUGUUGAGUGCUUUUGCUGGACUAUUGCUAUUAAUGCUGCUCAUAUUAGCCCUGUGGAAGAUUGGAUUCUUCAAAAGACCACUAAAGAAGAAAAUGGAGAAAUGACGUAUUUUACAGGAGAAAAAAAUACAGUUAUUCGAUUAUCUAUCCUCAGGUUUGCCUCAAAUAUGUGACAAGAAAUUUAAGACAUAGUCACAUAACUUUAUGUACUCCAUCAGGGAUUAAUCACCUGGAAAAUGACAAAUCAAGGAAGAUCCAAAAAUAAUACCAUAAAGAUAUAUUUUAUAAAAUGAUGAAAAAUAUUUUUAAAUAAUUACUCUUUGUGUUAUUUAAGUAAAAUUACAAAGUGUUUUGAAGAUGAAGAAUAACUUGUACAAAUAUGUUUAUAUAUUAAAUCAGCAUCCAGAGUAUUUAAGAAAUGCAUAAAAAGAUUUUUAUGAUCAUUGAUAAAUUGAGCUUUUUCCAUUGAUUCCUGAUGGAUAUCCACGUUCAGCAUGAUAGUCAACAUUUGUAAAUGACAAGAGAGGAAUUAAACGAAAAAGAUCACUUCUCUCUAUUCAAAUGAGACAAUUUUCCUCGAGAGACUAUAUAUAAAAUAUGAACUGAAAAUAGAAUUAAGUCAUAUAGAAUACAUUCAACAUCUUUGUGUUGGGUUCUGUACUUGGAAAGCUUUUUGUUUGUUUGUUUGCUUGUUUGUUUUUCUCCCAAAGUGUUUGGAAACAAUUGAGCUGAUGGAAAAUGAAGAUAGACUUGUUUAAAGACAGCUCACGGAAUGGAUUAAGCUUUCACAGAACAUGCUUAAUUUUGACAGGAGCCCUAAAACUCAAAACUUUCAUGCUGAAAACAGCACUUCACAGCAGUUUUGUGGGGCAGAACAGUGAUUUGUAAUGAAAAGCCCUCUUGUGUGUGGGAUAUGCUGAGAUGGUUUCUGAAUGGAACGUGACAGCAGAUGCCACAGAAACGCCCACCUCAUCUUUGCUGGGCAGCUUUUGAACAUUAUGGGUCCAGGAUGUAACCAGAAGUAGGAGUUUUCUCAACUCCUUGGCAAGUGGUUCACUGAAACCCUCAAGCUGUGAGAGUAUGUUUAUUUUUAAUUUUUUAAAGGUAUUUAAUUUUCCAAACACAUUUCUUAUUUUUAUGAAAGGCAGCAUUCUAUUAUAGUAUUGCAUUUUUACCAAUAAGCCACUGUUUUUUUAGUGUGGCAUAUCAAUAUUUAAAUAGAACUCCAGAAGUGUAUUUUAAAGAAUCUUAGGUUUGAAACCUUGCACCAAGAGAAAGAUAUCACGUCUUUGUAUGAGCUUCUUUGCUCCUGAAGUAAUCAUUAUGGUGCAUCGGACUCUACUGAAGCACAAGCUCGUAGGUUGCUCUGUUUCUUAGGAAAGUAACAAUGGAUGAAUGUAUCACAGCUGCAUGUGUGAACUACUGCUGUAAAAUUUGCUGAUAUUCCUGCAACAACUCCAUCUCUCCACCUGGCUGACCAUCACAAGACCAGCACCUGCCCAGCACCUUACACAGAAAGUCCUAGACUCUACUUUUCUCCAAAGCAUCAAAUCAAGGGAGAAAUUAAAUGCCAUAGGUUUCAUUUUUUAAACUAAUUUCCAAGGAAUUCUCUAAGGACUCAGAGUCCACUCCCUCGUGCCUGUCUGCAUCUACGUCUAAGAUCCUGAUGACCAAAAUCAUGCACCUGGGGAGUGCCCUGGUCAUCAAUACUAGAAGAAAGGCUCAGUGCUUCCAGAGAUGUGAUAUCCUCUUGCCGGUCGUUGUUCUGAAAUGUCUACUUCGGGAAUCUCCUUCCCACAGCCUAUCUCCAGGUCUGGAAAUCAUUCUUCCUACCUGUUCUUUCCUUGCCCCACAGAACUCAGGUCUCUCUUACUCUGAGCCACCGCAUUGCAAGCCUAUUGGCAGCUCAGCUCCAAAGUCAGCACAUUCUUAGAAUAAAUCAAACAGGUAAACUUAAAUUCACACUUGGCCUCUAGGACUCUCAAGCAUCCUGUUUCAGUGAAUGUGCACAUUUCAACCAAAUACGAUGUUACAGGAAUGUGCACAUUUCAACCAAAUACGAUGGUAACCCGGAAGGGAAAGAUCGAAACAAUGGCAUUUCGAACUUGUUAGAAAAGAGAGGAGGAACCACUGGGACAGAUCAAAUAGCUACAUAUAAGCCUGGCACAGUUUUUAACAGAAGUCGUUCCCAGUUUUCAAACAACGUAUAAUGAACCAGAUAUCCCUUUUCCCUAGUGCUAUUAUUUGUUGGGCUUUAUGUGUGUAUGUGUGUGAACAUCUGUAUGUUUAAUGUGUAAAUACACAUGUACACGCGUGCACACACACACACACACACAUGAAAGGACACAAAUCAAAUACAAAAUACCUCGGUCAUAUCAAAUGGCCGGGUUUGACAAAAUGACAAAAAAAAUAAACACAAAAGCUACACCAACAAGAAAAGUUUGAUUCAUCCAUUUUAAUUAAUUAAUUCAUUCAUUUUCAUUAAUAUUUAACUUUAGGGCACAGUUCUGCAACAAAAGAAGUAAACGUGGAAGUUUUGACUAAAAUAAUAAAUCAACAGUACGAGUGUUCUAAAACAUAGUUAGUGAUUAAGAAAUAUACCAAACUCUAAUCAUUUUAUUUUAAAGCACUUAAUAAGAGAAGUGAGUGCUAUUUAGGACUAUGGGUUUAUGCCAAAAACUUUUUUUUGCAUUGGUAUUUUAUAAAAUUGAUUAUUUCUUCCAUUGUGAACUAAAAUAUGUAUGAAGUCCCUUUUCGGAACUUAGAAUGGUAUAUUGGUAAAUUAUUCAACAACUAGCUCUCCAGGAGGAAAGAAAAUCCCUGAUUUGUAUAAUUUGCCAAUUUCCAUGAUUUAAAUAGUCUUGCCAUGGCCAUUUUCAAGCUACCAAUAUAACCCUAACCAGCUUGCAAAACCCCUGAAAAUUGAUCUGUCAGCUCCCACGAACCAGUAUUAGCUGGCUUCAGCACACCAUUGAAAUAGAUUAGAUGACAAUAAUAGAUGAUAGAUAAACAGAUAGAUAGGUAGAUACAGAAAUACAAUGAUAUAGAGAUAUAACAUGUUAGGUAUAUAUAAUGCAUAACUACACACAAUAUAAUCAUCUUUCAAAUUAUGCUUUAAAUGCUCAUCUCAAGCCCAGCAGACAUAAUUCUAUCCCUCAUUCUUCAAUUUCAAUUUCUAGAAUUAUAGCCUUCCUUUAAUCUUAAUAAAAUGAUAAAAAAAAAAAAAACUUUCAGGAGAAGCAAGGAGUUGAAAGCAAGAAAAUAUAAAGGGUGACACCAUGAAAAUCAAACUUUGACAGCCACAAAGAAAUUUUUACUUUCUCUAGGAAUCCAGAGUCCUGAAACAAUACUGUGAAGGUUCAUCCUUUGCAAAUAUUUAUAAUUUCUGUGAUCUAAUUUGAAAUUCAGUGGUUCCAUUUAUUCAGUUAUUUUCUCUGAGCCUUAAAGUCAUAGGCAAUUUAAUCUCUAAAUAUUUCCAUGUCAUCAGUAUGCUUGAAAUGAGGCUUGUACGGGAAGAUGUUUUUGCAAAAUUUGAUGCUUCCUCAACCAUAAUAAAUGUACCUACACAAGCAAAUACCUGUAAAUACCUAUAGAUACAUAUAUUCUCUUUUCCUUUUACAAAACCAAUAUCUAGACUCAAUUGGAAAACAAAUAUCUGCUCCAAAAGCAAAUGUGGUUGCACAAUAUUUGACCAAAGCUGGGUUGUAGCUGUCGUGGGAAGCUGUGCUCACAUUCUCCCCAGGCAGCCCCUGCAAGGGGCUUAUAAGGGGGAACAGCCACCCCUCCAGCUCCCGGCAGUGUGCUUUCAUAGAAGAUGUCUUUGUCAAACAUGUAGUAAUCUGCUCCAUGAAAAUUAACUGUCUUCCUUGGCACAACACUGAGAAAACUAGGGAAGACCCAGGCUCCAAGCAUGAUUCAUGUGCUUGGUGCGGUCACGUUAUUGUUAACUAAAGAGGCUUCGGGCAGCUCCUUUUUUUUUUUUUUUUUUUUUUAAACAAAAUAAUAUCCUUUGCAUCCUUCAUUUAGUUUCAGCGCUUCUCAAGACCUCUACAUUAGUCAUCUCCCCCCACCCCACCACCAAGGGAGAUUUUCCAGAAGACUAUUGGAGAAAAACCCGUUUACAUGUCCUCUCUGUUUGCUGUGAAUACCAGCUUCAGUGAACUGAUCCUUUAUACAGAAUUUCAGGCCUCAGGUCUUCUGUGACACUAUAAAGGCAUGACAUGAUAUAGGCAUAAUGUAACAGGGACAAAAUGCCUUGUACUUCAGAGAAGGAAUAUCUUUAAAUUUACUAACCUUUGUGGGAUGUUGUCAGCAUCUAUGCCAAGAGUUGAAGGAAGGGUUUGUAGGAUGUAGCCAUCAGCACCCCGCAAUCUCCAUCCUCACCCAUGGACACAAUAAUCCAAAAAAAUUAAAGGAGGGCUCUAAAAUCUUCAGACUGAAGCUGUUUUUUAACGUGAUUUAACUGUAAACAGCAGAUUUUUUUAAUGCAAACAUAGCUUCAAGACGAGUCCACUCGGCAACCCUUUUCAUACCAAACUGCUGUCCCUAAACCUCUCCGGCACAGGACUUCUGAUGUUAACUCUGCCGUGCAUUACAAAAGGGCUCAAUUCUUCUGUUUCCCAAAUGGAAGCGCUAUUGUGCAAUAUCUUAUGUAAAACAAUAAAAAUAGAGCUAACACCUAACAUUGUGAUCUGGUGAACAAGUCCAUAUCCUUGGUCCUCAUUUUCUUUUUUUAAGAUUUUUAUUUAUUUUUUUGACACAGGGGGAGAGAGAGAGAACACAAGCAGGCAGAAUGGCAGGCAGAGGGAGAGAGAGAAGCAGGCUCUCUGCUGAGCAAGGAGCCGGAUGCGGGACUCAAUUCCAGGACCCUGGGAUCAUGACCUGAGCCAAAGGCAGACACUUAACUGACUGAGCCACUCAGGCAUCCCCCUUGACCCUCAUAUUAAAAUUUAACCUUGAAUUUUAAAAUUCCAACUAGCAGCCUUUAGCCAUCUACCUUGAGGAAACAUGAAGAAGCCUGUGUCAGCUCCUAAGCCCCAACUGCAUUGUCCCCUGCGACAUCUGGCACCUGGAGGUCCAGGUUGUAACUGAUGGGGAUGGAUACAUACUUCUGCCUCUAUGAAAGGCCUGAGCUUAACCCCUAAAUUCAUGGCACCCCAGAUCAGCCUGGCCUCACCUCAUAUCAGAUAUACAUAUAAGCACUUCUUGCUGAAAAUUGGCCAUACUGAAAAAUACAAUGCAAGGUGAGUUAUCAUUUCAGACGUACUCUGCUUUGAGGUCAGCGUCUUUUUUUUUUUUCCCUUUUUAAAUAUAUCAAAACCUUUUCCCCAUAACUAAUGAGUGCAGAACUUUACCUAAGACUUCCUUGCAUUUGCCUCCUGCUACUGGCUGGAGAAUAUCCAUGCUAUGAGGACGGGCAGCAGGAGUCAGAGCCCAUUUGCAGUAUCUUUCCGCCUGCUGCCCUCCAGUCGGUCUCUUCUAUUCUCAAGUGCACACUGGGGAUGUUUUGUUUUGAUCUGGAACUUCUUGGCAAGGCCAUUACAAGCCUCGUGCCCCUUGCAGGACCUUGCAUGGUUGCAUGUUUUCUUCUGAUGAGUUGAGACUUGGAAAUCCUUUAAUUAUCUGACACAUCACGGAAACCCUGGCAGUACACUAGGGACCAGUGACAUUCCCAACUAUGAUGAUAUUUGAUUUCACCAUACUUCAAGUCACAUCUUUAUGGAAAAAAAAAAGAAAGACUAAGUGGAAUUUUAGAAGCUCUUCUGCAGAAGACAGAGACUCAAUGCUUAAUCUUUUAUUUCAGCGUGAUCUGUGCAUAUAGAUGGAGGACAAAAUUUUAAAGAGAAAUCUUCCAAGUAACACAGAAUGAAAGCCAGGUGUCCUCUGGAACAAUUCCCUGUUGCCAUUACUUGUUCCCACCCCCAUUUUUAAAGCAAGAGAUUGAAUGAGGAAAACUAAACAUCAUUGUUCCUCCACAAAGUUGUAGCCAAGCAGAAGGGAAGACACACCCCCACACAGAAACUGAUCAUGGCUUUCUGAGACACUGUAGCAUGGUAGGUCCUGUGCCAGAUGGCAGGCAGUCUUCCUGUCAUGCCCCCCUCAGGCAUCUUGCAUCUUGAGAGACAGGAAAAAAAAAAAAAUGGUGGGGGAGAGGAAAUGAAGCUAUUUAUCUUUUAUAUAUACAUCCUUCCUCCUCAAAAUACCACAAGCUUCCUUAGACCACAUUGUACCCACACACCAUAUUAACACAUGUACUUUGCACGAGUAAAUUGUUGAUUAAAUAAAAACAUAUUCUUACUUGCUUAUUAACUAGGGCUAAUUUGCUAAAGUUUAGUACACUUUGUCUCAAGUAAAAACAAUCCUUUGAGGCAGCAACACACAGAUCUUCUUCAUACUGGAAUCAUUUCGCACAGGACAUCCUGAUACUUCCAUUUAAUUCCGACACCUCUUGGCCUUAUUGCAGGAUGCAACAGCUCGCUCUCUCUCUGCUUUCUUCACCAGGAAACAUCGGCCUGUGAAGAGAAUAGUCUAUUGUGUAUUACUUCUGUGAGGGUGUAAAAUUGUUAACGGUGUGAAGAAUCGUAUCCAUUUGAUUAAAAAGAAAAAUAUUGUAUAUAAUAACUACUGCCCUGAAACAAUUCUUCUAUCACUCGAAUAAAGUUUUCAGCAUGGCCUGACAUAAGGUA